AUGGGGCAACCAGCUGGGGAUCGCGCGUUCGCGGGCUCUCUCGUCCUAUCCACAUUCAUUUCUCUGGUGUGUAGAGAUCCUGCGCCGAAGAUCCAGACAAUGCUGGACUUUAUGGAUUACAUCCAGCUGUCCUUUGCUGAGGCAACUCACUGGAACCGCGACAACUCAUACUCAUCGCUGACUACUACCGCCCAAUCAAUUUUGGACUUCUCGACCCCUGAGCGGCUGCGCGUGCAUCUCUCUUCCUUAUCCACACCCCACUUUGCGACAAGCUAUACCCUCGGGACUGUUGGGUUACUCGAUGGAUCUGUGUCAUAUUUGUUCAGCACGGUUCCCUUUCACGAUACCCCCAGCCGAAGCGCAUUGAUUCCGCUGCGAAAGAUAUCUCCUGGCUACCGUCAAGUACAAGCUCCGGUAGUCCCCUCGCAGACCUGGGGAUGGGAUUCGUUACUAGACGGUGUGGGCAUCCCCGGGCUUGCGGCGGGGUCGCGCUCAGGGCCGGAAGAGCACGAUGAUAGCAACGAUGCUAAGGAAAACGGGGCACACCGCAAGGCAACUUUGCUUCAUGCCUCCCUGCACUUACCUCCUCCGACUACGCUUUAUGCGCUGUUCCUGCGCCGCAUCUCUCCAACCAUGCAGCUCUCGCUGGCCGUCUGUUCCACUCAGGGCCCGCCUCUGUCCAAGUCUGCGCCGCAGGCAUCAAUGCUAACGCAGCUGUCCCACGACACGGGAAAAUACAGUAACGAGUACUUGUUUAGCACGGACAAUGCUCUGUUCGGCUGGCGCGGGCUGUGGAACUUCGGGCCUGAUCCUCGACAAACUCGCGACGGCGCCCCGCCGCUGUCGCUUCUGUCUGCGGGCGCAGAAGCGUACUACUCGCCCAUCUCCUCGCUGAUCGGUAUGUCGACCGGUCUGCGAUUCACCACUCUCCCCGCAGCCACGGAGGUGCCUGCAUCCUCACUACCCUCAUCACCGUCCUCUCCUGCAUCAUCAUCAUCCUCCUCAUCUCACCCCGCCCCUAUCUCAACCUUCCCCUACACCCUCACCCUCACCCUCACCCCAAUCACCGGUUCCCUCUCAACAACAUACUCUCUACGCGCUUCGCCCAAUCUCUCCUUCAGCUCCCGCUUCGGCUUCAACGUCUACAGCUGGGAAAGCGAGAUGGUCGCCGGCUGCGAGCUCUGGCGCCAACCCUCUACCUUUUCCUCCAAGACCCACGAUCCCAGCGAUGACGGGCUGGAAUGGGCCCGCCAGAAAAUGCGCCUGCAUGAUUUCUCCACUCCAAUAACAACCCCGGGCUCCCCGUCGUCCUCCCCACUUCUGGCCGACCCGGCUCAUCCCGAGUUUACCCCGGUCAAGUCUGCCGAGCCCAGCGAGCCCGAGGCCAGCGAUUCUGUCGUCAAAAUCCGCGUCGACCAGUCCUGGAAUGUACGGUUGCUCUGGGAGGGCCGCGUCAAGGAGCUUCUGGUCAGUGCGGGUGUCGGGCUGGGCCCGGGCUCGUUCUCGCCGUCGCCCUCUGUGUCGUCAGCUUCGCCCGGUCAUAGUGGAGGCGGUGGUCCGGGGGCUUCGUACUGGCGCGGUGUUGGGGUGUCAGUGCAGUAUUCUUCAUGA